AGAACGUGGCAUAUUGACGUCAAGGAUGUUUGGAUAACCAUAACCCACAAAUUAGUUGUCAAAUAAGUAAAUUUUGAAGCAAUUAAUUAGCCUGACAAUAAAGCUUUAAAUCAUUAAUUGAAUCAUCUGUGAUAUAACAAAUUUCAUUAUAAUGUCACCAUUGGAUAAUUAUCCAUGGAAGGAUACAUUCUUCCAGGAGGACUUCAGCAUUGAUCAAUGUUUGACAAAACUUACCCAAAAAGCUAAUCUAGAGACCCUAAAAUCAUUCCUGAAAAAUUAUGGGGAUGAGCUGCAUCGACAAAUGGCUGAAAUAUUGAAAACGGAAACUGAAGCAAUAGUAAAUUUAGCUGAAUAUUUAACGAAUUUGAAUGUUAAAAUAGAUGGUUUAUCAAUAUCCCUUUCUCAGUUACAAGAAGAACUGAAGAUUCUGCACACGUUAAUAAAAAAUGCCGAGAUGGAUUAUAGGAAGACUUUAGAGAACAAAAAAAUGAAUGAAACUCAGAAGAACCAUCUGAUAGCUAAAUUGAACUUUAUAUCAAUAUCUUUAUAUGUUGAUAAUAUAAUUCGAAAUAUAAAUCCUAAUGAUGUUGACAGUUUAAUUGACUUGGAAAGGGCAGUAUACAACUAUUCUUUUCAACGUCACUAUCUUCUGGAGAUUGGUGUCAAAGAAAUAAAGGGUAGAAUAACUGGUAUAGAAAAUAAACUGCUGAAUAUGAUCCAUCAACAGUUUUUGAGAGGUUUGAAAGACAAAGACGUUGAUACAAUUACAAGGUGCCUUAGAAUGUAUAGCAACUUGGAUAAACAAAAAGAAGCUGAGGAGUUCUAUCAAGUGAGAUUUGUUAGGUCAGUUUUGCAGCCGAUGUAUUCAGAAAAUAAUUUAGAUAGAUUCAAUCAAGAUAUCAAUAAAAUUUAUAACGAAACAUUGAAUUUCAUGUAUUCUGACAUGAAAAUAUUGGAUGAUGUACUGGAAGAGAAUGCUGACUUGAAAGAUUCUUUCAACUUUAUUUUGAACAGUUUUUGGACAGAAGUAGAUCGUCAAUGCAGAAAAGGACUUCCGCACAUUACAGCACCAGGAAAUCCUGAGUUAUUUCAAAAAAGAUUUGUAAGCACCUGGAAUCUUCUUGUAGAAAUUGCCAAGAAAUAUGGGAAUAAGGAAAUAGUGAAAACAAAUCCAUCAUUUCAAGACCAUAUAAAGAGAUUCAACUUACCAGUAUAUUUCGAAAUUAGAUUCCAGCAAAUUGCAAGCCAAUUUGAGACUGAUCUCACAAUUAAACCAAAUGACUCUUCAAUUUUCAAUGGUGAUAACGACUUUGGAUUCAAACUAAAAAUAACACUUGAUUUGUAUGUUGCUUUGAAAAAAUGCUUCAAUGGCCAUGUUUUCAUUGAUCAAUUGGCAGAUCAUUUCCUCAAAUUCUCGAUGUUUCUUCUAUCUAGAUACAUUAUGUGGUUCAAGAAAAUAUUGGAACAGCGCUAUACUAAUAUGAAUUGGGAGUACUUCAUUAUGAAUUCUCUGAUGGAUUUUAAGAAACUUCUCACUAUUCUCGGUGAAAAAGAUACCCUUAAUUCAGCUGGAAACUUGUACAACAUAUUCCCUGAAAUGAUGAAGCCUGUGAUAGAGAAAGUAUUUGACAACAACAAUAAAAUUAUAAGUGAAUUUUCAGUUGAUCUGGGUAAUUUUUUGACUUCAUUCAAGGUGAAUGAAACUUCUGAACAGCUGCAAAAUGUUACUGCUAUUCCAAGAUUAUUCAGAAGAACCAAUAGAAUACCCCCCAAAGAAGCUAGUACUUACAUGAUUGAUGCUGUUAAACCAGUUCUACAGUUUGCAGAAAAAUACUCUGAGACUGACAGUAAUGAAAUAAGCAAACCCUUACUUGAUAAAGUGAUUCUCAAGAUCAGUCAGCAAUAUUCCCAUCUUGUGAAGGAUGUUUUGCAAUCAGUAUGUAAAACAGAAGAAUCUUUGCGUCGAUUGAAAAGCAGAAAUAUCUCAUCCUUAGAGGAGCCUUCAUCGUCUACAUCAGAAACAAUGACUGAUGAGAUGAAGAUUCGAGAACAAAUCAAAUUAGACAUCAUAUACUUCGUUUCAAAGCUACGACCAGUUACAUCAUCAAUUGAUGGCGAAGAAGCUUUAAAACAGCUUGAAAAGAAUAUUUCUAUUUAAUAUAGAUUCUAUUGUUAAUAUAUUUCUUGUUGUGUUAUGUUGAUAAAAUAAAUAUUUUAAUACUGCUAAA